CCCAUUAAUCACACUUUCACACUUCUGUUUAUUAUAGCCUGACACUGCCGGAAAGGGAAAGAAAAUAAGAGAGGGGGGAAAAAAAAACAAGGAAAAUACAGCUGUUUUCUUCUCACUGUGGAUACUCAUUUCUCCAAGUAUCGAAUAAAGUGCGGAAGGGAAGGAAGGGGAAUAAGAGCUGAGGAAGCCCAUGCCUUUGGGGAAGACAAUGGGUUCGGGCCCUGUAAUGUGGAAGCUUUUGGCCACGGCGGUUUUCUGUUCAUGGCUUUCUUGUUGCACAGCCUCUGUUUCGUAUGACAGCAAGGCCAUAGUCAUCAAUGGCCAGAGGAGGAUCCUCAUUUCUGGAUCCAUUCACUACCCACGAAGCACCCCUGAGAUGUGGCCAGAUCUUAUCCAGAAGGCCAAGGAGGGAGGUCUAGAUGUGAUUCAGACUUAUGUUUUCUGGAAUGGGCAUGAACCCCAACCUGGAAAAUAUUAUUUUGGGGGGAGGUAUGAUCUGGUCAAAUUUAUCAAGCUGGUGAAACAAGCAGGUCUCUAUGUUCAUCUCAGGAUUGGCCCCUAUGCUUGUGCUGAAUGGAACUUUGGGGGUUUUCCUGUAUGGCUCAAGUACGUCCCAGGCAUCAGUUUCAGAACCAAUAACGGGCCUUUCAAGGCUGCAAUGCAAAAAUUUUCAAAGAAGAUAGUGGAUAUGAUGAAAGCUGAAGGGUUAUAUGAGUCUCAGGGUGGUCCAAUAAUCUUGUCCCAGAUUGAGAAUGAAUAUGGACCCCUGGAGUCUGAGCUUGGUGCUGCUGGCCGAGCAUAUGCCAGAUGGGCAGCUCAAAUGGCGGUGGGGCUCGGCACUGGAGUCCCGUGGGUCAUGUGCAAGCAAGACGAUGCCCCCGACCCUGUUAUUAACACUUGCAAUGGUUUUUAUUGCGACUACUUCUCCCCGAAUAAAGCCUACAAACCCAAGAUGUGGACUGAAGCAUGGACUGGAUGGUUCACGGAGUUUGGAGGCCCGGUUCCUUACCGACCUGCUGAAGAUUUGGCAUUUUCAGUUGCAAGGUUUAUACAGAAGGGGGGAUCUUUCAUUAACUACUAUAUGUAUCACGGAGGAACAAAUUUUGGCAGGACUUCCGGCGGUCCUUUUAUUGCCACCAGCUAUGAUUAUGAUGCUCCUUUGGACGAAUACGGACUACUAAGAGAACCUAAAUGGGGACAUUUGAAAGACUUGCAUAGAGCUAUAAAGCUGUGUGAGCCGGCUUUAUUAUCUGGAGACCCCAAUGUGAUUCACCUUGGGAACUACCAAGAGGCGCAUGUAUUCAAAUCUAAAUCUGGAACUUGUGCUGCAUUCCUUGCAAACUACAACUCCAGAUCCUUCGCAAAGGUGGCGUUUGAGAAUAUGCAUUACAACCUGCCUCCUUGGUCCAUCAGCAUUCUUCCUGACUGCAAGCACACUGUUUAUAACACGGCACGGGUGGGUGCUCAAAGUGCGGUGAUGAAGAUGACUCCUGUUGUUUAUGGUACCGGGUUCUCUUGGCAAUCAUUCAAUGAAGAACCGGCGGCCUCUUAUGAUGACAAUUCCUUUACAAUGGUCGGGCUGUUGGAGCAGAUAAAUACCACGAGGGAUGCCACUGAUUAUCUGUGGUAUAUGACAGAUAUCAAGAUUGGUCAUAAUGAACAAUUUUUGAGGAGCGGGAAGUAUCCUGUUCUUACCGUCUUCUCUGCUGGCCAUGCUUUACACGUGUUUGUUAAUGGCCAAUUAUCAGGAACUGCCUAUGGAAGUUUAGAGAACCCAAAGUUGACAUAUAGUGAAGGGGUGAAUCUGAGAGCUGGUGUAAACAAAAUUGCACUGCUAAGCAUUGCUGUUGGUCUCCCGAAUGUUGGCCCACAUUUUGAGACAUGGAAUGCCGGUGUUCUUGGCCCAGUUUCACUAAGCGGUCUCAAUGAGGGAAGACGGGACCUAUCGUGGCAAAAAUGGUCCUACAAGAUUGGUCUAAAAGGAGAAGCAUUGAAUCUUGAUUCAAUCAGUGGAAGCUCCUCUGUUGAAUGGGUUGAAGGUUCUUUAAUGGCACAAAAGCAGCCACUGACAUGGUACAAGACUACUUUCAAUGCUCCUGCUGGAGAUGAACCUUUGGCUUUGGACAUGAAUAGCAUGGGUAAAGGUCAAGUAUGGAUCAAUGGGCAAAGCGUUGGGCGCUAUUGGCCAGCGUACAAAGCAUCCGGUGCUUGUGGUGCCUGUAAUUAUGCUGGUUAUUUCAAUGAGAAGAAAUGCCUGAGUAAUUGUGGGGAGGCUUCCCAAAGAUGGUAUCAUGUUCCUCGUUCCUGGCUGCGUCCAAGAGGAAACUUGUUGGUUGCGUUUGAAGAAUUGGGUGGAAACCCAUAUGGCAUAUCGUUGGUGAAGAGAGAAGUAGCAAGUGUAUGUUCUGAUAUUUUUGAGUGGCAGCCCACUCUAGUAAAUUGGCAGCUCCAAGCCUCCGGUAAAGUUAACAAGCCCCUGAGACCGAAAGCACACCUGCAGUGUGCCCCUGGUCAGAAGAUCUCCUCGAUUAAAUUUGCAAGCUUUGGAACACCCGAAGGGGUUUGUGGAAGCUUCCGAGAGGGGGCCUGCCAUGCCCACCAUUCUUAUGAUGUCUUCCAAAAGUACUGCAUUGGGCAGCAAUCAUGCUCGGUACCUGUAGUGCCCGAGGCAUUUGGAGGAGAUCCAUGUCCAAAUGUGAUGAAGAAGCUUUCUGCCGAAGUCAUCUGCAGCUGAUGCAGAGCACAGUAAGAAGCAUACAAGAAGAUCCAAGCACCUUACAAAUUCAUUAGUAACUUGUUUCUUUCGAGUACCUUCAUUGAUCGAAGAUCACGCGACCAUUAGUCAAUGCUUUGCCAGGGUGAAGUUGUAGAAAUAUACGACACACCAUUCGGUUCAAAGCCCGUUUAAACUCUUUAAGAUCAUUGUUGUUGUAUAUAGAGGUCUGUCAGAAGCCAGCCUCCUGCUGCAGCAGCAGCCCGAUAAGGGGUCAGAGCAGCCUGCAGGAUCGCAAACACGUUGAGACGCGACAAUUGUAUGUGUCCAUGUGCAUUGG